CACCUAUGCCUGCCUGCAUGCUGCUGUGUCCAGCGGGCCUCACCUGCGUGAUUGUGAGGUUGUUGAUACAGGGCAACAUCACGUCUGGUCUUGGCAGUAGGCCUCUCUGCCGCCGUCUGGUGUCAUCAUUGGACAGCUGCUGUGAAGUGUGCACUUCCAAAGUACCACAGAGUAUGAGAUUUACGCCUGCCAUUGGGAUGAUUUUGGCAUAAAAGGGGGGUCCCCAUCAUCGUUAAGAUUCAUUGCACCGGGCAGUUUGCGUUCAACUUUCCUCCUUCAAGAGACAUCGUCUUCGAAAUCACUCAACAAAAGCGAACAUGGCCCGGAACAGGUGGUACGCUGUGGCAAGGGGUCGCCAGCCGGGUGUAUACGAGACAUGGGAGCAAACCGAGGCGCAGGUUCUGGGAUUUCCAGAUAACCGUCACAAAUCCUUUCCAACAAAAGAAGAGGCCGAAAAAUUUGUAAGGGAGAACAGGAAUACCAAGGCUGAGCCGCUUGGGGAUGCUGAAACUCGGGACGCACCCACGCAGCCAUCGACAGCAGGUGAAUAAACUUGCAGAUCACAAGCUGUCAACACCAGGCGGGGGGAAGAAGGGGUAUUGGCAGCGCCAAGGGAACAAGGGCCAAGCCAACAAGGGCAGGUUGGACAUCAGAGUAAAUGUUUCUCGGGUGUGAAGUUGCUAAAGAUGAAGCCAUCAUCAGUUGCCUUAACUCAUUCAACCAAGACAGGUAGCUGCACGGUGUGAGAAUGACACGUGGCCAAUAAACAGGAUAAAAUUUUC